UAAUUGCCAGUAAACAAUAGGCUCACAUGUAUAGCCAAUAUGUCUGUCUGCAAGAAAACGUCUAUUUUGUAACCUGUGAAUCAAGCUAAUAUAACAAAUCUAAACCAUCACUGUUUAUAUUAUCAGAGCUUAAUUGUCACACAGGCUAAAUAAAACUAGCAGCAGAAUGAGCAAUAUCUACAUUCAAGAGCCUCCAACCAAUGGAAAGGUUCUGUUGAAGACCACAGCAGGAGAGAUUGACAUCGAGCUGUGGUCUAAGGAGACUCCUAAAGCAUGCAGAAACUUUGUGCAGCUGUGCAUGGAAGGUUACUAUGAUGGCACAAUAUUCCACAGAGUGGUGCCAGAAUUCAUUGUUCAAGGUGGAGAUCCUACUGGAACAGGGACAGGCGGGGAAUCCAUCUAUGGCCGCCCUUUCAAGGAUGAAUUCCACUCCAGAAUGCGCUUCAAUCGAAGAGGUCUGGUUGCUAUGGCAAAUGCCGGGCCACAUGAUAAUGGAAGUCAGUUUUUCUUCACCUUGGGACGAGCAGAUGAGCUCAACAAUAAACAUACCAUUUUUGGCAAGGUCACAGGAGACACUGUUUAUAAUAUGCUGAGAUUAGCAGACGUUGAAUGUGACCAUGACGAGAGACCUCUCAAUCCCCACAAGAUAAGAACCACUGAGGUGCUUUAUUCUCCUUUUGAUGAUAUUGUUCCUCGUGAGACCAAGAAAACCAAAAAGGACAAAGACAAAGAGGAGGCAAAGAAAUCCCAAUCAAAAGCCACCAAAAACUUCAGUCUGUUAUCAUUUGGAGAGGAAGCUGAAGAAGAAGAGGAAAUGGCGAACCAAGUCAGCCAGACAUUAAAGGGAAAAAGCAAGAGCAGCCAUGACCUUCUGAAAGACGAUCCCAGACUGAGCUCUGUUCCAGCAGUUGAUAAGAAGAAAAAGAAGGGGGCAUCAGGAGAUUCAGCUGAGACAGAUGACGAGGCUGAUGAUGAUGAAGCUGACAGUGAUGGAAAUGAAGACUCAGAAAAGAAAGAGAAGAUGAGAGAGCUCAUCAGUCAAAAGCUAAAGAAAGACAAAGGUGCCGAGAAAAGGACGGAGCCCACUGAGGAGGAGCGAGGGACAAAGAGCAGCCGCAGUGAUGAGUUACGGAAGGAGGCGCGGCAGCUAAAGAAGGAACUCCAGGCCAUAAAACAGAGGAAAGAAGAAAGUUUGAAACCUGCAGUAGAUGAAGUCAAAGAGGCAGAUAAAAAACCAAGCAGCGAGGCUGUGGCUGAGUAUCUGGAGGGUAGAAAGAAGUAUGACGAGCUCAGGAAGCAGAAACUGAAGAAAGGCUCCAGCCGUGAAGAACAGACGAUGGCCCUCCUCAACCGUUUUAAGUCCAAGCUGUCGUCGGCCAUCACUGAAGCUCCAGAGGAGGAUGUGGAGGAGUUGGCGGAGGAUGAUGACAAAGGAUGGAUGGGCCAUGUUCUGCAGUUUGAUGAGCAAAGCAGAAAAGUCAAGGAUGCCAACAUGCAGGACGAGGACACCUUCGAGAUCUACGACCCGCGCAACCCCGUCAACAAGCGGCGACGAGAGGAGAGCAAGAAGAUCAUGAGGGAGAAGAAGGCCAAGAGGUGAGGUCGCGGGAGUGAAGGUCGAGGCCCGCGCGCGCCACGCGACCCAAGAGCUGCUGCUCCGCUUUUCCACAACAACAUCUCUCGUGCCUCAGACAUCUGGAUUGAGGAUGCUGACCUGAGCGCAUACCGUCGCUGUAGUCUGUGAUGGAAAGGCUUCUUCUCCUGGAACAGCUGUGCCCAGACAAAGCUCAGUUAUUCAUCACGUUUAAGGCUGUGGUCAUAAUAACAACUGAGGCAGCGAUUUGAUGACUGUACUUGUAAAGUUAUUCACAUAUUCAUUCUGUUUGAGUUGUCUAGAGCUUUAUGUGGUUUAAUGUGAGCAUCACAGUAAAUGACCUUUAGUUAACUAUUAUAUAUGACUUGAUUGUGUUCUAAUAUUAAAUAAACUGAUUCUGGACUCAA